UUAUUUAUCGGAGUGUAAUGAGAUCUUUCAAGCUCCUCUUCUUGGUACUUUGAUUAUCUAGAUUAUCCUCUCAGUAACUUUGCCUUUUGCCAUCACUUUUUCACCAUUUGUCCCUCCAAUUGUAAUCAAAUUUGCACGUUUUCUCUACUUUUUGAUUCUCCAUUUUCUUGUCUUCUUCUAACCACCACCUUUGCUCUGUUUUGUUAUUAAUCUUCAUAGGAAAUAUCAUCAACUGAGAGCGUGUUUAAAUUGUCAAUCUUUCAUCGGAUACAAUAAAAUUUUCUCUGUGCUCAUUAAAGUGUUCGUGUUUCGACUUCUUUCACUGUUUGUGUGUUAAUGGAAAAACAAAAAUAACAAGGAACCACAUAAUUAGUGCCAAAAAUUAUCCAAUGUUUGACUGAUGAUAACUUCCUCACCAACACACUAAAGUUCUUUUUCUUUUUUAUUAAUUGCUUGAAAAUUCAACUGCCAUUAGCUCGAUGUCAAUGAAAAACAAUCAAAAGAUGUUUCAAUCAACCAUAGAGAAAACCUUUGAAAGCUCAAGAAUAAGUAUUCACGGUAGCUCGACAAGAUACGGAGGAUCUACGUAUGCAUACAACAGUGGUUCAACUCGUUUGCGGUUAGGCCGUGAUUCUAGCUCUUUUAUUCACGACAGUUAUAACUCAAGCCUCGAUUUCCCGGCUUAUAUUCCUUGGCAGACUUUAUCCAGUGAUGUUUCCGAUAAAUUGAAAACGGGUUCAAUCAAGAUUAACAAAUGUAAUUGUGUUGAGUGGACAACCAUUGCGGAAGAAAAUGAACGACUACCUUUGUUAGAUCGCAAGGCAUCAAGUUUCGAUGAUAUUCCAGGAGUAUCCGAAGCUACGGCUGGAGAACCAUCCUGUGCGGACAAAUUACCAGGAAUCUCGUGGCCUGUGGCAGCUUUUUUACUGGUAAAUUGUGCUCUCGGAGCUGGUGUCUUAAAUUACCCAGCAGCAUACGAUCGUCUAGGUGGUGUUACAAUUGCCACUGUGAUUCAAAUUUUCAUGAUGGCUAUUUUAGCAUCUACAAUGAUCAUUCUGGUUUAUGCUUCUGACCUAAACAAGGAUGACACCUAUCACGAUGUACUUUUAUCGUUAUGUGGAAAAAGAGCUCAACAAUUGUCUGCCAUUUCAAUCCUUUUAACCUGUUACGGUGUCUGUGUGACUUUUCUGAUUAUCAUUGGAGAUCAAUUUGAUAGAGUUUUUGCUUCUCAUCUUACAGAAUGUAUUUGGUACAUUGAUCGUCGUUUCACUAUCUCAGUGACGUCCACUUUUCUCAUCUUACCAAUGUGUUACUUCCGUCGACUUGACUUUCUCAGAUAUGCUGGGACUUUAGGCGUAUUUGCUAUGCUCUACGUGGUCUUUUUAAAUGUUUACGAAUACUUCAAAUUGGAUAUUCCUGAUCCACCGAUAAGGACCAAGCCAAGCUCACUCACAUCAAUGGUUGCAGUUUUUCCCGUUAUUUGUUUCGCAUAUCAGUCCCAUGAAAUAUCGGUUCCUGUGUAUGCUUGCAUGGCUAAACGUAAUAUCGCCAAUUUCACCAAAGCAACCAUAUUGUCACUGGCAAUACUUUUCUUACUGUGCUCAGCUGCAGGCACAACAGGUUAUCUUACUUUUGGUAGUAACGUAACACCCGAUAUCAUGGCUUUGUACAGUGCAAAAGAUCCUGUCGUAAUGAUUGGUAUUUUGGCGCUGGUAGUCAAGAUGAUAACAACUUAUCCAUCAAUGAUUUUAUGUGGAAGAGGUGCUUUGGAUGGAUUGUAUGCAGAAUUUUUUAAACUAUCAGCCGCUGAUUUUAUGGAAGGUGAACCUCGACGCCGAAUAGUUAUAACCACAAUUUGGUUUGUAACCUCACUUUUAGCAGCUAUUUUAACACCUAAUAUUGGUAUUUUAAUUCAAUUACUUGGUUCACUUGCAUCAGCCAAUGUUUUCAUCUUUCCAAGCCUUUGUCUAUUAGCCAUAGCUCGUCGUGAGAAGGGUCGUUUCAAGAAAAGCACUCGAAUUUUCUUCUUUUUCUUCUCCAUCAUUCUCAUCAUCACUGGCUUCAUUAUGUUCCUACUCGUCCUUUACCAGGUUUAUGACGAUUUAAAAAGCGAAACUACUCCUUCCCAUGAAGUUCUGUGCAAAUGGUGAAAAAGCUCUAAAUGGGAAUCAAAUUUACACACCGAGUUCGCAUAUUUACCUCACUAUUUUGUUCAAUCUUUUUGUUCUUCAUCAAAGUCACUCAUCACAGGUCAUUAAUUCAUCCAAAUGAAAUUUGCUCCAAUUUUUUAAUUCCCACCAAAUUGAAAUUACCCUCCGCUUGUCACCCAAUUCACCUCUCAACCCUUGCCCACCACCUUCAUCCAUUUCUGUUUCCAUUUUUUAAUUUUUUUUGUAAUUUCUCACCAUUUUUCGUCUUCAUUGUUAAAAAUCUUACACUUUGUAAUAAAACAAUCUAAAUACUUUUAUAUUCUCACCGAGGGAAGAAAAAAAAUCUUUAGACCUACCAUUGUUUUUAAAUACCAAAUGAACAUUUGAUUUAUACAAUACAUUUACCUCAACCUGUAACCAUUUUAAUUCAACCCAAUCAACUUUGAUACAAAGUGUAUUUAAAUCCUUACCAAUUUUUAGCUAAAACAACCAACUUGUCCCUUACCUGACAAUCAACCCAAACCUACCCGAACUUGUAAAAACAAAUAAUAUAAAGCAAAGUAUUAUUUUAAUUUUCAAA